CAUAGAUCUCAGGGCAGCUCGCAACACAAUGUUUCUCUUGCUCUCCCCCUCCCCCACUAGGAAAAAAAAUGCCCCGAUUGUAACCUGGUCUCCUGGUCCCAUCAAGCCCCACUUCCCCGCAAGCGUAGCGUGUUCCUUUCCUCCGACACGUGCACACGUACAUGUGUACCUUUCUCGCAAGCAACCGUGGCAUGUCUUCUUCACCCGCCCAUCAGUAAUAGGUAGGUGGUGCUAGAACACUUGCUGUAUGGAAUCUUGCUCUGUAAUAUGGGGGAAGAGGAAGGACUGCAUCAGACACAAUUAUUGGACACAAUGUUUGUACGUGGACUGAAGAGGAAAUGUCUUGAUGGAGAGGAAGAUAUUGAAGGAACUUUAGCUGGUUUUAAAGCCAUUCCUUCAUAUAACCUGCAGCGCCAGUCACUACUAGACAUGUCUUUGGUUAAACUUCAGCUCUGCCACAUGCUUGUUGAACCUAAUCUGUAUCGUUCAGUACUUAUAGCCAAUACAGUACGGCAGAUUCAAGAGGAAAUGACCCAAGACGGAACUUGGCAGAUGAUAAAUGCACAGAGUACAGGACCAACUUCUCUUGAUCGGCUGGUUUCAACAGAUAUUCUCUGUCGGUCUUCGAAAGAGCAAGCUGAAGAAAAGCUUGUUCAAGGUUAUAGUGGCUUCUCAAAAGACUUUGAAGAUGCACAGUCAGAAGAGAGUUCAGAAAUCUUAAGACCUGCUCCACUACAAGCUCCCAGAAACCUGCAGAGCAAUGUGUGGGACAUGGAGAGCCCUCCAGAAAAUAGAGGAAACUUCCACAAGUCAUUGGAUCAAAUAUUUGAAACCUUAGAAACAAAAACUCCUGACUCGGUUGAAGAUCUCUUUUCAGAAGUCGACAGUUCCUAUUACAAUCUAGACACAGUAUUAACGGGAAUGAUGGGCAGUACAAAAAUGGGACACUGUGAUGUACUUGAAACUUUUCCUCAAGCAGCCACAAAUUCUAACUCUAACUGUAAAUCUGACCUUAAUGAGCUUGAUCAUUUUGUGGAGAUUCUUGUUGAAUCUUGAGACAAAGAGUGAAGGAGACAUCCUUUAAAGAAGCCAGAUCCCGAGUAGUGAAACUUCCAAAUAGUUUAUCUUCUCAAAGCUGCACAUGAUCUUCCAAAAAAAAGCAAAAAGCAAAGCACUUCAUUUUGCAAAGCUGCGUUAAUGUAUAAAGUUAACCUGCAAUUUGUAGUGUUUGAACUUUACAUAUUUUCAGCAGCCACAAUUCAGGGAGGUAUUCUAGGCACAUCAACCAGUUGCCAGCCUACUGAUUUUGAAACCUUGUGACACCCCUAUGCCAUGCCACAAACUGCAUUAGGAACUUCCUAGGGUUUCAGUCGUGGCUUCUCAUGUCAAAAGACUCCUGGGUGCACAAGGUUAGUCACGCCAUUUCUCUGUCCUGAACCCAUACAUUCCCCAGGCUGCCUCCUUGGGGUCCAACACCAGAUCCUUCUAGUACAGUAUUUAGAAGGAGCUUAAAAUGGUGUAGCAAGAUUCCUCCUUCCUCGAGCAUCUCAUCCUCCCUUGUAAGGUGCAAGUGCAAGAUAGAUUCCAGCCCUCAGCAUGCAAAAGGUGGGCUGUAAGGCCUUUGCUUAAGUUGAAGCCCAUAUUUUAUCUAGGCUGGGAACCUUCCACCAAUCCUUUGCAUUUGCUUUUGCUGGUUUAAUCAUAUGACUUUAGUGGGACUACUUUUGAAGUAAUUGGCCCGAGGACCAAAGGUUUGGUGUACCCUUCCCACUCCUUUAUCCCAAGUAAAUACUUCACAGACUUCUCUACAUUUAUUUGCCGUAUAAGCUCUUGGAAGAGCCAAAAAAGCAGCGGUGCCCAUUAUCCUAGCUAGCUUUCUCUGUCAUUCUUUCUUUUCUGUUUUUAAAUAGUUAAUAGUUUUGAAAAAAAAUGUUUAUCAGUAUUCAGAACCUUUCAGCUAUUUUCUGAAGAUAUAUUUUUGCUAUAAAUCUUCUGCCAACUGCUUAUUUAAAACCUGAAAUAUUUGCAGUUGUAUUUUUUUAAAUCACUUUGAAAAAGGGAUUUUUUUCCCCAUACCGUGGGCCUCUCUCCACAGCUCAGCAGAAGUUUGUAAAUAUCUGACUUCUUAAGGUAGGAGCAGUUGACAGCAUUCAGUCUUGGGAAUACUAUGAAAAGCAGCUUUCUCCAAUCUAGUGCUCCCCAGACAUUUUUUACUUGCAGGCGUUUUAGAUUUUAACUGCCAUUAGCCCCAGCCAACACAACCAUGUUGGCUGGGGCUAAUGGAAGCUGCAGUCCUAAACAUCUGGAGGGCACCAAGUUGAAGAAGGUUGGAGUAAGGAGUUAAGUUUUGACAUGUGAACAUCAGAGGAGGAGCAUUCAUCAGGCUGCAGGAGCUCUUGAUGCCUAAGUUCAAGCCAUGUUUUUGUUACCUUCAAGCAUAAAUUAUGUGGGUUUUAUUUAUAAGUAUUUAUAUGUUUGUGUCAUCAAGUGAAUUAUUUGGCUGAAGUUUACCAUCCUACUUCUCUGUGUUUGGGGGGGAAACACCCCCUUCACCUUGCACUAAUUACUACAAGACUGUUACAGAGGCCUUUCAAGAGUGUUCUCCGAACUUAACUUGCUCCACUCAUGCCAAGUGUGAAUAUGCGUUCAGCUGAGUCGUGAUUAACAGAUGUUACCAUAGCAGGUUAACAUUGAAGAAAAAGAUGAAAUUGUUUGAGUGCGUAUGAAUUGUCUUAACUCCUAGAAGCGGUUUCCAGUGAGAGGGUGUGUUAUAUGUGAUAACCUUUGCAAUACAAUUGCCCAACGUUUGCCUUGGUAAACUGGUAAUACAGGAAACAAUACUGCGUUGUGGGAAAAUAGAAAGCGCUGUGAGUACUUUGAUUAUUUUGAAAAAAAAGUUUCAUUUAACAGUUAAAGGAGUAUAUCUGCCACCUGACAAAGCAAUUUUAGCUACCUUGCAUCUGUUUGCAUAGAUCAAUGGAAAUGUUGCUUUUUAAAACUCAUUUUGAUUUCUGCAGCUGUGACACUGUAUGCAAAAGACACAUGUCAAAAUGUUGGACGCCUUAUCUCCCAGCAAAGAGUUGUAGUAUCUUUGCAAUGGGAAUUACCAUAGCCCUCAAAGCCAAUAUGGCUGCGCACCAUGCACAACCCGAACAACUCUUUCAAAGCAUAAAGAUCCUUGUCAUUGUGUAUGUAUAGCUAAAUGUCUUUGUCUUAGUUUAGGUUGCAAUUUGAAACCACUUUGCAUAAGUAGCCCCUCCUGAGGUUAAUGGGGCUGCUUUCAAGGAAGUGGUUUCAUGAUUGCGGCCUUAAUAAUUUAAGUGCUUUUGAAGCACCUGAUUUGAAAACAGCAGUGUAUGUUUUCCAGACCUGGCAGGUAGAUGCCUAUUUCUGUAACUCAGUUUUUGUGCCAGAUCAUGCAGUUUGUAAGGGGAAACUUUCUAAUGCAUUUGAAAGUGAUUAAUGUCUUUUUAUAUUAAAGUUGAAUAUGAAGUGA